AUGAGUCGGGAGGGUGAUGGCAUGGGUGAUGUCAUCAGGAAAGCAGCCCCGCCGGCCGGGGAGGGGAGUUAUAAAAAGGCCCAGAAGAAUGAGCGGGAGUCCAUCAGGCAGAAGUUGGCUCUGGGCAGUUUCUUCGACGAUGGCCCUGGACUUUACACCAGCUGCAGCAAGAGCGGCAAGCCGAGCCUCUCCUCCCGAUUACAAAGUGGGAUGAACCUGCAGAUUUGCUUUGUGAACGACAGUGGCAGCGACAAGGACAGCGAUGCCGAUGACAGCAAGACAGAAACCAGCCUGGACACGCCAUUGUCGCCCAUGAGCAAGCAGAGUUCAUCCUACUCCGACAGAGACACGACGGAGGAAGAGUCAGAGUCCCUUGACGACAUGGAUUUCCUCACCAGGCAAAAGAAACUCCAAGCUGAAGCCAAAAUGGCCUUGGCUAUGGCGAAGCCCAUGGCCAAAAUGCAGGUCGAGGUGGAAAAGCAGAACAGGAAGAAAUCGCCGGUAGCGGAUCUUCUGCCACAUAUGCCUCAUAUAAGUGAAUGCCUGAUGAAGAGAAGUUUAAAACCCACUGAUCUAAGAGACAUGACUAUCGGGCAGCUACAAGUGAUAGUCAAUGAUCUCCACUCACAGAUAGAAAGCUUGAACGAGGAGCUGGUGCAGCUGCUGCUCAUUCGGGACGAGCUGCACACGGAGCAGGACGCCAUGCUGGUGGACAUCGAGGAUCUGACCAGACACGCCGAAAGUCAGCAGAAGCACAUGGCAGAGAAGAUGCCAGCAAAAUGAACCCCGGAGCCCCAGGAGCAGAGCUCGAGCGAGACUUCAUUUUGCUUCUGUGUGUGUCCAAGCGCUGAUGUCCACGGUGGCGCACGAGAAAAACCAGUGUUAGUCAUUGACCAUGUCUGAAGCUUUAUGUCCGGUGAUUGGCCUCUGCUUCUUAAUUUAUUUUAAUUUUUUUACUUGUGCCACUAAGUAUCAGGCAUUUUAAUAAUAUUAUUACAAAAUAUGUACAGUACUUAUAACAUUAUAAAUCAUGGGUGAGAAGAGAGGGUAGUUUAACUUUAUUUUUGUUUGUUUAGAGAUUUUGAGUUGAACGAUAUUUUACCAUUGACUACUUUUUUAUUCUUCACUGUAGUUUUAAAAUAAAGAAACUGUACUUGACGGUGCUAUACAAGUCAAAAAAAAAACAAAAAAACAUGCCUGCCUCGUAGUGAAGUUGUAGCUUUCAGUAAUAUGUAUAUUUUAAUCAGUUUUCAACAUUUUGUGAAUGUUGACUACCUGACAUUCAUUUUUAGAUGUGCUAUUAACAUUCGGUUGGAUUCAGAGAGUUACCUUGAAAGUUUUAUGUACAAAUAUGUAAAAUAAAAAUUUAAAAAAUUGUUUCAUAUGAUACGUCUUUUUGUUGCCUAGUGGUGACGCACCCGUAAUGUAUUCCUCGAACUAAAUGUGCAAUUCCUAAUUUGUCAUCACCAGAAAGAGCCUUUUCUUCUUUUUUUUUUUUUUUUUUUUUUUUUGCUGAUCACAUGAAAUUAUUCUAGAGCGAAGACAGGAUUUUUGUAGAGUUAUUUAUUUGUAAGUUCAUAACGUUAUGUAUGACAUAGAAGAAUCUCUUAAAUCCAUAAUAACAUUCACUGGGCCCUAAUAUUGUGACUAUUGUUAGCAGGCACAUGCCAUAGGUGUUUUUUUUUAUAUAUUUUUAUUGUCUGGGCUAAAUAUUUAAAUGACUCACCGAUGACAGAAAUAAAAAAAAAAUCUAUGUUAAAAAUCUAAGCAGCAUAUUAAAUGUAUUAUAUAUGGUAAUUACUCACCUCUCUGCCUUUGGGCUGGGCUCCCCGUUAGUGGCCAAGCGCUGGACGUGCCUCCUCUGUGCGUACCGGAGGAGGGACGCUGGGAGACUAAUAGGUCUGUCUCCAUCCCUCAUUUAUUUGAUUUAAUGCUGAAACAGCUCGGCCAUCCCCUUCCUUAAGGCUGCCCGGCCCGUAGCCAGCAGCAGACACGCGUGUCGCACGCACCAGAUUUUUACAUUUUAAUUCUUUUGUCCUCGGGGGGGCAAAUUAAUCUUAGCGGCGGGUCUGGCUAAUGACUUAUUCAGGGUGUUUUCAGAAAAGCGUGAGCUGCAUUAAAAUUUCAUCCCCCCCGCCAAGAAUGUAUUUUAUAAAAUUACUUUCCCCCCCCUUUUCCACAGAAAAGUGCAGGUUAUGGAAGCACCAGCCCUUGGAGGGGUUUGGUGGGGCUGGGCAGAGUGGGGUUGGUUUAACUUAGGGUUGUUUUUCCUUUCCCAGACGUUGCUCCAGGAUUUUCCAGUGGACAGUCCCUGUCCCACAUCCCCCAUGGAGGGGGGGGCGGGGAACAUGUCCCUGCAGAGUAGUGUCCCCAAGCAGGGUGCUGUGCCUGCAGAAAGGUACUGGGACAGGUUAGGCUGGAGAGCCUUUGUCUGCAGAGCACGGAUGAUGUAAACUUUUAUUUUGUUGUUUGUUUUUUUUUUUUAAAUCUAUGCAGAAAAAAAUAUUUAUAUUGGGGGUAUCAGUUUCUCUGUAGCUCUUGUUGGCUUGAUGCUGUUGCCUGCACGUGGGGAGACCUGCUGGGUUUUAUAUUUCUGCUCUGUACAGGGCCGCGUUUGUUGGUGCCUCCACCAGAAGAGGCUGUUUGGGUAUCGGUGAGGAGGUGUUCGCCACUGGAUUUAAAGCAUGAACAGCAAAAGCCCCAAAUACAAAAAGUUUUCUCUCAGCUUUCAUAACAAAAA